UCGUUCUCCGCCGGUCGGUUUCUGUUCCUUGGCUCCAUUCUCUGUGGUUGUGCCUCCCUUCUGCCUCUGCCUGGCUGCUUAGGCUAAAGGAGGGCAGGCAGGUAGAGCUCACCUGGAGGAGGCUGCAGGGCACUGGGGGCUCCCCUGCGGCUAUUAGGAACUCAGCCCUUGGAAGACUGACUGAAAAGGAGUUAAACAGAUGCAUGUAUUUCCAUGUAUGAUGGAACGUAUAUUUCAAAAAUGGAUAUUUGAUGUCUAUUUCAGUGAUCUGAAGCUGAUUUGGAUCAUUAAGGCCUGCAACACUGUGAAGUCAUAGUGUGAAUAUGGGUGAAAAGAAACCAGAACCUUUGGAUUUUGUAAAAGAUUUUCAGGAAUAUCUAACUCAACAGACUCACCAUGUGAACAUGAUUUCAGGCUCUGUUAGUGGGGACAAAGAAGCAGAAACUCUCCAAGGUGCGGGGACAGAAGGUGAUCAGAAUGGACUAGAUCACCCUUCAGUUGAAGUUUCGCUGGAUGAAAAUGCAGGUGUAUUGGUAGAUGGGUUUGAAAGAACUUUUGAUGGAAAGUUAAAGUGUCGAUAUUGUAACUAUGCCAGCAAAGGAACAGCACGUCUGAUAGAGCAUAUCAGAAUUCAUACAGGUGAGAAGCCACACAGGUGCCACUUAUGUCCCUUUGCAUCAGCCUAUGAACGGCAUCUGGAAGCUCAUAUGCGGUCUCAUACUGGUGAAAAACCUUAUAAGUGUGAACUGUGUUCCUUCCGCUGCAGUGACAGAAGCAACCUGUCUCACCAUCGCAGGCGCAAACAUAAAAUGGUGCCUAUAAAGGGCACGAGGCCUUCUCUUAGUAGCAAGAAGAUGUGGGGUGUCUUGCAGAAGAAGACUAGCAAUUUGGGGUACAGCCGAAGAGCACUAAUUAACCUGAGCCCACCCUCUAUGGUGGUUCAGAAGCCAGACUAUCUUAAUGACUUUACUCAUGAAAUCCCAAACAUUCAGACUGAAGCAUAUGAAAGUAUGACAAAAUCUACAGAAACUGGUGGGUUACCAAGAGAUCCCCAAGAUCUUAUGGUUGAUAAUCCUUUAAACCAACUAUCUACUUUAGCAGGACAGUUAUCUAGUUUGCCCCCUGAAAACCAAAACCCACCCUCCCCUGAUGUCGUACCGUGUCAAGAUGAGAAGCCUUUUAUGCUGCAGCAGCCUGCUACACCAGCUGUUGUUCCAGCUGUGUCUGCCAGUAUUGCUCAGAACUCUUCUCCCACAAGUCCUGAUCCUCGUCCAGUGCAUUCUCAAAGAAACUACAGUCCAGUGGCAGGUCCCAGCAGUGACCACAGUGCUCAUGCCAGCACCCCAAGCAUAAGUAAUAGUCAGCCAAGUACUCCAGCACCAACUCUUCCAGUUCAGGAUCCCCAGCUUUUGCACCACUGCCAGCACUGUGAUAUGUAUUUUGCUGACAAUAUCCUUUAUACUAUUCACAUGGGAUGCCAUGGAUUUGAGAACCCUUUCCAAUGUAACAUAUGUGGUUGCAAAUGUAAAAACAAGUAUGACUUUGCUUGCCACUUUGCCAGAGGUCAACAUACCCAGCACUGAUUGAAUACAAGAUACACCAUGCUUCAUUUAUCUGUGUGUUUAAACACGUUGCUGUCUCCUUGCUUGUGGGGAAGUUGCUUGUCUGUUUAAGCAAUUUAACACUGGAGGAAAACAUUAUUAUAUGCUGUCAUGAUCAACUGAGGACCUUGUUAGUCAUGGUGGCAUUCCUUAUCUGGUUCUUAAAAUGAAGAUGAGGGUUGUAAUACAAUUACACUUCUUAAAAAAUAUGGAACAGUGCAGCAAAAUAAUGACUGACCUUACGUAAUGUGGAUCUUUGGCCUUGUAUUUUCCAAAUGCAGCUUAAAGUUCUGUAUUAAGCUGUGCCACAAAGUAGCCCGGUAACUUAAUUCUGCAACUUAAUUUUGUAAGUUACUUAAUUCUGUAACUUGGUGUAGAAGCUGUGAGUGUCUAUGAAUGGUUUAUCCCCUAAACCACUACAAAACUGAUGUAAUGCUUAAACAAAUUUGUGUUGAAAACAAAGCCUAAAAUCUAGCAAAAGGGUAGUUGCAGUGAAGCCUUUAAUAAAGCUCCUGUGGCAAUAAUAACAAUGUGGAAGACUAGAAGAGUAAUAAUGAUAAAUAGGGUACAAAAACACCUACUUUCCAUGACAACUCACCUGUUUAAGAAAGGAACAGUGCCUAGCAUUAAAUGUCUGUAACUUGUUAAACUGCACAAAAAGAAAACAUUAGAACAAAAUGGGUAACAUGUUCAAAUGAUGUACUACCUUCUCCAUGCCUAGCUUUCAGUGCAUUACAAAUAAUUUCAUUGCCUUUAAA